AUGAAUUUGGGUGAUCUCCAUAAGGUAUGGGAUAUCAAAUCCCUCAAGAAGGUGGGAGAGGAAGAAGCUCGGAAGAUUCUCGACAGGAUCGCCAAACAGGUUCAGCCCAUCAUGCGUAAACGCAAAUGGAGGGUCAAACUUCUCUCCGAAUUCUGUCCUAAGAAUCCGGCUCUUCUGGGGUUGAACGUUGGAGGUGGUGUGAAUGUAAAGCUGAGGCUUCGAAGGCCAAAUAGAGAUUGGGAUUUCUACCCUUUUGAUCAAGUUCUUGAUACAAUGCUUCACGAGCUCUGCCACAACGUUCAUGGUCCUCACAAUGCCAAUUUCUACAAACUUUGGGACGAAAUCAGAAAGGAAUGUGAGGAUCUAAUGACAAAUGGGAUAACUGGCACAGGGGAAGGGUUUGAUCUUCCUGGAAAGCGAUUGGGUGGGUUCUCUCGUCAACCUUCUCUUUCCUCUCUUCGCCAAACUGCAGCAGCUGCUGCGGAAAAGAGAGCACGUCUUGGAUCUUUGCUACCAUCUGGACCUAAACGCCUGGGUGGUGAUAGCUCUAUUAUGGUUGCACUAAGUCCUGUACAAGCGGCUGCAAUGGCUGCAGAAAGGAGAUUACAAGACGAUAUCUGUGUCUUGCCCGUGAAUAUCCUGCAGGCAUUAGCUCCAAUAUGCAAGCUUUGCAGCACCCAAAAGCCUAAAGAUGUUCAGCACAAGGCCAAAAUCUGGUCAUGUAAGUUCUGUACUCUGGAAAAUAGUGUGAAGCUAGAAAAAUGUGCAGCAUGUGCACAGUGGAGAUAUUCAAAUGGCACGCCUGUGGCAACCCAUGCACCCAAUCUUGGCACUUGA